AUGAUGCAGCUGGCUUGUAUACUCCUCCUGUUCAUCCUGCCGUGGUCGGCGAGUGCACAGGAUGCGGAUGACAAGUGUGGUCUAACUGGCAACAAAACGGCCAUCAAGGACGCGCCAUGGGUGGCGUCGGUUCAGUAUGAAAACAAGCCCUUGUGCAUAGGGACAAUCCUCAACAAGAAGAAUGUACUAACUGUCUCGGAGUGCGUGCUGAGCAGGAAGGUGCCAGGACUCAAGGUUCGCGUGGGGAACGCCGUUCGGGACUCAGGAGUGGCUAAGGCCGUUUGCAAAGUUACUCUCCAUCCGCAGGCCGUCGGCAAGAAAGGGCACGGCAGCAAUCUGGCCUUGUUGAGCCUCUGCGAGCCACUGACCACCUCCGAAGAGGUCAAGGAAAUCGCCUUAAUCGACAAGGAGCCCGACAAGGACGCCAAAGCCUCUGCCUCGAUCGCUGGGUGGGGUUCCUCCAGCUGGUGGCGAUGGCUUCUGAAACCCUGCUGGGCUGUCUCCUCGGCGAUCCUGCGAACAUCCAAUGUCCAGCUCUUGCAUCUGAAAGCAUGCGCCAGUGCACGCAAGCGCCUUUGGAGCAGUAACCCACAAAUAACAGAUCUGAAACUGUGCACCGCUAAGAAGGAGAAGAUCUGCUCCCUGGACAAGGGUGCUCCCUUGGUCAUCGAUGGCAAACUGGCCGGUAUUCUGGCUCAUGGCGCUUGUGACCAGAAACCCGAUGUGUUUGUCAGUUUGUUCAAGCACAAGAGUUGGCUGCAAGCUAAUACUAAGGACAAGUAA